AUGGACGACGAGCUCGAUCGUAUAGCCUCGCUGGCAAGCAACAAUCCUGCUAUGACCGCGCCAGCAAGCUCUUUCCUGCCACCACCACCAGACCAUCUUCUCAACAGACAGCGAAGCAGCAAUGCCACUGAUGCAGCCUCUCAGGACCAAAUUGUCUCUUCGACCAUCGCAAAUGGCACCGCCAAGGUCACUUCCUACCGUUCAAUAUCGAAGUACGAUAAAGGUUGGCGUCGUGUCGUGCGCCAUUUCAGCCCAUCCUGGUUCAGUGUCACGAUGGGCACGGGUGUGGUUUCCUUGCUUCUUAUCAAGAUACCUUUUCAAGCUGACUGGCUAUAUUGGUUGUCCGUAAUGUUCUUUGUCCUUAACCUGAUCAUCUUCAGUCUGGCUGCUAUUACCUCGAUCAUUCGCUACACAGUCUAUCCUGAGAUAUGGAAUGUCAUGAUCCACGACCCAAAUAAUUCGCUUUUCUUGGGAACGAUCCCCAUGGGCUUUGCCACACUGAUCUCAUCCUUGAUCUUCCUGUGCGUCCCUUACUGGGGUCCGUGGGCAACAUAUCUCGCCUGGGGACUGUGGAUGCUUGACAGUAUCGCCUCCAUCGCAGUCACUGUGUCACUCUCCUUCAUCCUAAUCAGCCAGACUCACCUGCAAUCACUAGACCGCAUCACCGCAGCCCAGCUCCUCCCCAUCGCCGCCACGAUCGUCGCGUCCGGCACAGGCGCAGGAGUCAGCCACGCCCUGCUCAACCACGCCCACCAACCACGUUACGCCCUCGCCACCACCAUAGCCAGCUACAUAAUGUGGGGCAUGUCCACGCCCUUCGCCCUCGUCACCCUAGUAAUCUACUACCAACGCCUCGCCGUCCACAAACUCCCACCCCGCGAAAUCAUCGUCUCCUCCUUCCUACCCCUAGGCCCCCUCGGCAUGGGCGGCUACACAAUCACCUACCUCGGCAGCACCGCCCGCCACAUCCUCCCCCACGUCCCGCCCUUCCUCACCCACGUCACCACAGCAAGCGACAUCAUCUACAUCCUCGGCAUCUUCACCGCCCUAAUCAUGUGGUCCUUCGGCAUCGUCUGGUUUGUCUACGCCCUCGCCGCAAUCUACAGCUGUGGCUCCUUCCCCUUCAACAUGGGCUGGUGGGGUUUCACCUUCCCGCUCGGCGUCUUUGCCAUCUCGACUAUUCAGCUUGGCAUUGAGUUUCCGAGCUUGUUCUUUAGGGUGUUGGGGACGGUGUUCAGUGUGAUGGUGAUUAUGCUGUGGGUGGUGGUGUUUAGUGGGACGGUCAGGGGAGCGUGGAGAGGCCAUUUAUUCUAUGCGCCGUGUUUGAAGAAUUUGCCGAGGGAGGCGAGGCGUGGUGCUUGUGUGAAGAGGGACAGUGUUGAGAAGGAGGAGGUGAGGGAGAAGACAAAAAAUGAAGGGGAUUUAGAGAAGGGAAUAUAA